AUGAUCCCUCAGUCGCCUCUGGGCACUUUCGCUCUCUGCGGUCGGUCGUUACGACAGCAUCUGGCUAAGUCACGUCGCGAGCAGACACGCGCUGCAUCCUCCGCCGUCUCGCCGGUCGAGCUGCACUAUGACAAGGUCGUUCCACCAGACGGGAACGAGACCGACCGACCGCUAGUCAUUCUCCACGGGCUCUUCGGGACCAAACGGAACUUUGCGUCGCUCUCGAAGGCCUUCGUGAAGGACCUCGGUCGGCCAGUGUAUGCCUUGGAUCUACGCAAUCAUGGCACGUCCCCACACGCCGAACCCCACACGAACUCAGCCAUGGCCGCGGAUGUCCUCCAUUUCUUCCAGACGCAUAGGCUAACGAACAUCUCCCUCCUUGGCCAUUCCAUGGGAGGAAAAGUGGCCAUGACAGUCGCCCUCGACCCGGACCUGCCCCGCGAACUGCUCGCGCACUUGAUCGUCGCAGAUAUCGCCCCAGCGCGAGCCGCUCUCUCCCCUGAGUUCCAAGGGUACAUCGAAGCGAUGAAGAAGAUAGAGGCGAACGGGGUCAAGACGCGCCAGGAGGCCGACCGCGUGCUCAAGCCGUACGAGCAGGCGUGCCAGGACCCUAUGAUACGGGCGUUUCUGCUCACAAACCUCGAACAUCAGUCCGCCCACCACCAACGCCCGCUCAAGUUCCGGGUGCCCGUUGGGCUCCUCGGCGACUCGAUACCGGACCUCGGGGACUUCCCUUGGUCGCCUGGCGAGAGGACGUUCGACGGCCCGACGUUGUUCAUCAAAGGGAAGAAGAGCAAAUAUAUCAAUAGACACAACAUUGACACCGUCAAGGCAUUCUUCCCGAACAUGGUCCUCGAGGAGCUGGACGCUGGGCAUAUGGUACAUGCGGAGCGGCCGAACGAGUUCAAGGCUCUUGUCACGAACUUUAUUCAGAGUAAUUGA